CUGCGUGGAACGGAGGGCUGGGGCCGACGGUCGUGCACAACAUCUUGGUGCCGAGUGCGCACCCCAACUGCAGCCGUGCGUCGACGGCGCAAGGGGGAGUGCGCACGCAAAAAUUCAAAGCAAGACUCACAGAGAGACGCGGGGGAGAGUGAUUGGAAUCCAUCAAAAACUUCAGGACAAUAGAUGAUGUGGGCUUCGGCCCUUGGAAGAGUGCUCUCGGAAACUCCUUGGGCCGUGUUGGAAGCCUUCUAGGCCAUCUGGAGGCCAUCUUGUCGAAUUCGAGCUAGAUGUCUGCGUGUCGAGUCCUCUUUUUUUGGGGGGAUUCAGCACGCCUGUAGCUUAAAAACAGCAGUUGCGAGGGCACCCGCCUGAUUGGAUGGCAUCAUGCUUCGGCACGAUCACCCACGUGAGACGACGUCGCACUUGUCGCGAUAUACGUCUCGACGAAAUCAACAUAUUCACGGGUAUCGCGGUGUGCAGGCAAAUGUGCUUUGGCACGCUAUACAAAGCCUACACGUGCGCAACACAUGCCAAUUCAACAUGUUGGCAAAUGACCCAUGCGUCCAAGGAUGGAAAGAAAGACGCCCAACCGGGGAAAGAUGACGCACUGGUGCGGGAACUGCGUAAACGCAAACUAACAAACAAGUCGGGAUAAACUAAAGAAGAGCACGGGACGACUCGCAGGCCCACAACUCUGAGUUGGUACCUCGGUUACAAACUGCGAAGGCACCUAAUUACCAUAAUGGCGGGCAACAUGCUUCGGCACGAUCAGCCAAAUGAGACGACGUCGCAUUUGUAGCGAAAUGUCCUCUCACGGGAAUAAUCAAUUGCAAAUCGGUGUGCAAGCAUAUGUUCCUAUAUACACUGGUAGAGACGCAUCGCUUGGCGCAUACCGGCCUGGUAAGUAAUCCAAGGGUGCGCACACAAAGCGUAGCGAAAUUCCUCGCUGCCCCUGGAGUGAAAAGAGUGAACAACAGGACAUGACAUUGAUAUUUUCCGACGGAGACGCAUCAGCCUGGCGCGCACUUAUCUGGUCGAUUGCCCAAGGAUGUGCGCGCAAGGUGGAGAGACCAGCUCUUGGAAGUGAAGAAAUGCAUCAAAUUCACUUGGCUGGCCGCAGGCGGACCACCUGCAAGCCAGCAUUGCAGCCUGACGCGCCUUGGCGCGAGCGGCACACAUACUGAGGCGCCGACCAAGAGCAUUCGAACGCCAACAAUGAAACUCCGCCGCCCUGUCGCAGGCACGUUGGGGCCAUGUGAGAGCGCUUGGAUGGUUGAGAAAAAACGUGGCUUCUCGAAGCCAAAGGUGAGUUGGCGUAGUGUCGCUCUGCAGAGUAGCCUGAUGAUACAGGCUCCGCGUCGUGCUAAACACGGUGCGCCGACUCGUGCUCAUCGAUCUCCGCGUCCUGCUCCGACUAGUUGACCUCAACCUCCGCGUUGUGAAUGCCGCGCUGGGGUGUUGGGCCCCUGCCACGGCCAGGACAUUCGAGCCCCUCCAGGCAGCCCAGCGCGACGCCGCAGACCAAGAACAAGAUCAACAAGAAGAAGAUCAAGACACCAGCGAAGACUGCAAUUAAUCCCCAUGGCUCGGUGGUGGCUGUGGUGUUUGACGUGUCCGAACUCGUGCCCGUAUCGGUGGUCGUCGUGGCCGUCUUGGUGGUCGUCGCGGUGGUCGUCUCAGUUGUUGUCUCGGUGGUUGUCUUGAUGAUGGUAGUAGUGCUUGACGUCGCGGAACUCGUGCCCGUAUCGGUGGUCGUCGUGGCCGUCUUGGUGGUCGUCGCGGUGGUCGUCUCAGUUGUUGCCUCGGUGAAGUCGAACACGUACGCGGAGCCUGAAUUGGUGCCCUAGUCGUCGUCAUAGUAGGCCCCCACCACCACGCGGGCCCCGUCGGAGCUCACGGCCACCGAGUAACCGAAUCUGUCGCCUGCAGCCCCAUCACUCGCCACAACCCUGGUCGUCGUCAUAUUUGCUCCCCACCACCACGCGGGCCCCGUCGGAGCUCACGGCCACCGAGUAACCGAACAGGUCGGAAGCAGCCCCAUCACUCGCCACAAGCUUCAACAGCCUCUCGCCGGUGGCCCCGUCGAGCACGUACACGGAGCCGGAAGUGGAGCCCUGGUCGUCGUCUUGGUAGGCCCCCGCCACCACGCGGGCCCCGUCGGAGCUCACGGCCACAGAGUAACCGAAUCUGUCGCCUGCAGCCCCAUCACUCGCCGCAAGCUUCAGCAGCCUCGCGCCGGUGGUACCGUCGAGCACGUACGCGGAGCCUGAAUUGGUGCCCUGGUCGUCGUCAUAGUAGGCCCCCACCACCACGCGGGCCCCGUCGGAGCUCACGGCCACCGAGUAACCGAAUCUGUCGCCUGCGGCCCCAUCACUCGCCACAAGCUUCAGCAGCCUCUCGCCGGUGGCCCCGUCGACCACGUGCACGGAGCCGGAGUCGAGCACGUCCUUGUCGUUUCCCACCACCACGCGGGCCCCGUCGGAGCUCACGGCCACCGAGAUUCCGAAUCUGUCGCCUAAGGGCCCAUCACUCGCCACAAGCUUGAGCAGCCUCUCGCCGGUGGUACCGUCGAGCACGCACGCGGAGCCAAACGUAUUGGCCUCCUCAUCGUAGUAGUAGUAGUAGUAGUAGUAGUAGUAGUAGUAGUAGUAGUAGUAGUAGUAGUAGUAGUAGUAGUAGUAGUAGUAGUAGUAGUAGUAGUAGUAGUAGUAGUAGUAGUAGUAAACGGCCCCCACCACCACGCGGGACCCGUCGGAGCUCACGGCCACCGAGAUUCCGAACCUGUCGUUCUUGACCCCAUCACCCGCCAAGAGCUUGAGCAACUGCGCGUCGCUGGUAGACAGGCGCCUCCCGAACUCGGCCUGCGGCUCGCGAGGGCGACCGUUCGCCGAGCCCUCCAACCUCGGGCGGGCCAGCGUCCCGCUCGCCGGCGACCCGGCGCUCGGGGCGCCGCGCGCUGCCAGCAGCAGGAGCAGCGCGCCGACGCUGUGAGACGUGCGCAGGCGCAUCAUGCCGUCUGCAGAUGUGCGGACCUGAGAGGAAUGAGAGACGCCCGAGGCGAGCCCUGGGAGGCCGGCGACGGCCCCUUGGAACCUUGAGCCAAAAUUGCGACCAGCCCCGAUGGCUUGCCAAAGACAUUCCUUGUUCGGGUUCACCGUCAUCAUAUGGUUACUCCAUCAUCAUUGCUCUUCUCUUUUA